CCUUUGUGUUUGUGCCGUGACAUCAUGGCAGGGUCAUCUGCGCAGAGUAGCACAGCGGAGCGCAUCGGAUACAUAAGCAGAAUCGAGAGCUUCAGCGCUUGUCACCGUCUUCACAGCAUUCACCUGAGUGAUGAGGAGAAUAAAGAAGUGUACGGAAAGUGCAACAAUCCCAACGGUCACGGACACAACUACAAAGUGGAGGUAACCGUGCGUGGAAAGAUUGAUGCUAAAACUGGUAUGGUCAUGAAUCUGACUGACUUGAAGAAAUGUAUCGAGGAAGUAAUCAUGAUUCCACUGGACCAUAAAAACCUGGAUAAGGAUGUUCCAUAUUUUACUACUGUUGUCAGCACAACAGAGAACGUGGCUGUUUACAUCUGGGACAACAUGGUGAAGGUUCUCCCGCCCGGCCUGCUCUAUGAGAUCAAGAUUCAUGAGACCGACAAGAACGUGGUUGUGUAUCGAGGAGAGUAGUGAAGCAGUGUUUGGUUUAGUAGCCCUAAAGUGCCAUUCCUUUCUACUUAUUUUAGGCUAAUUGUUUACGGACUGACUUCACUCUGGUCACACGUAGUUUGAAAGUCUUUUAGACGUUGUUCCUUUUGCACAGCAAAGAUUUCAUAGAUACUGCCAUGUAUAUUCUUGUAAACACAAUCCUAUUUAUGAUCUCAUCAUUUUGAGGAAAAUUUGCCGCAAAGGAGAGAACAGAAGCCUGAAAAAUGUGGUUAAAAAAUAAACUGUAAAACAUAUUGUAGACUGAAUUCAAUUAAAUAAAAAUUGGUUCUCACUGGUGGUUUUGGGCCUCGUUAGACAUGGUUUACACAAGAGGAGGUCUGACCUCGCUCCAGAGGACAGAGAAAUUUAAUGAACCAAAUUCAAAAGUAAUACCGGUGAAGCAGACCUGACCAAUCAGAAGCAUUCUGUGUUUCAUGCUAGUAUUAACAAAUGGUUAAAUUACCAGAAGUCUGAUAUUUACAUGUCAUUUGGCAUUUAUAUGAAAAUAAGUUGUGAACAGCCUAAUAAGAUGUUCUCAGUCCAACAGUGACAUCUAGUGGAAUAAAAUCAUCCCUCUCAGCUCGGUGGAUUAGACCUAACUUUUUCAGAUGAGUAGAGCUUGGAUUUUAUUUUCAGAUGACGGGUUUGAGUCAAGAGGUACAGAAUUCAAGAUGUUGGAAAUCUGUUUCCACAGUCUGUAAAGUCAUCGGUAGCUGUUGGCAGUGGUUGAUUUUCUGUGUUUUGUGAAGUCCAAAGUCAACACAGCAGCUUAGCAGGAGCUUUGAGAGCUCUUGUGUGCAUCUGUGUGAUAGUGAAUCCAGCUGAACAAAAGAAAUCAGUAUCUGGCUGCAAUGCUAAAACUACUGCAGGACCAAAUGGUUCGCUGACCACAUUAAUACUGUAUGGAACUGGCCAACUGCCUCACCUGACCUGAACCCCAUCCCCAUAUAUAUGGAGUAUAUAUGGGGAAAAGGCCCCAAACAAAAAAUGCAGAAAGAGCUGAUGGCAGCUCGCCAUAACGAACCACAACGACGCAGUAAUUCCUGCUAAAGGAGACUUGACCAAGUACUGAAUAUUUAAAUUUGAAUAUUUAUAAGGAGGUACACGUCUGUCAUUUUAACCACUUGAUGUCAGUAAAGA